AUGACGUGCUCCAUCGAACGAGAUCCACCCGUCGACGUCCCGGGACGCGCCUGCGACCGCGGGAAGCUCCAUCGGCCGCACGCCCCUCUUCUUCCGUCCGAGGAGGCACACGAUGUUGCAGCUCGUUCGAUUGUGGCAGCAUCUCUGGAGGUUCCAGACGAGACGGCAGUAGGUUUCGUCCAGGAGGAGGAGGGUGAGAAGAGAGAGGAGGCAGAGGGCUAUCGCGAGCUUCAUGCUGGACUGUCUCUCCAAGCUGUCCUAAAUUACAGAAUCUGCAACACCUACACACAGGAUGACUUCAAGACCAUGACCCAAGCUAAGUCACUCCCCCACAAUCCCCCACAUUUUGAUAACAACCCCUGGCCUGACAACACCACCUGGUGGCUGGCCGCGGACCCACCCAACCCCAAGACCUCCACUCCACCUUACGACCCCAAGACCUGGACUCUAACCACUAUUGAAGAAUAG